GCUGACGAGUCGCUGGUCCAUGUGUUGUGGUAGCUGAUAUCAACGUUAGAAACCUAUGUUGAGAUCAAAAUGAGUUCUCAAAAGGGCAACGCAUCGCGCUCGCGAGGACAAAAGCACCAAAACACGACUGCUUACAAGAACGACAAAUAUGGAGCAAGUGUUCAAGUAAAGAUAGCAAACUCGAAGGUCCACGACGGGUUAUGUCAACGCUGCAAGGAAGUUAUUGAAUGGAAAGUCAAAUACAACAAAUACAAAUCCCUUUCCCAACCUCGAACAUGUGUGAAAUGUUCUCAGAAGACGGUGAAGGAUGCAUAUCACGUCAUUUGUAAAAUCUGUGCCCUGAAGCUGGAGCUUUGUGCCAAGUGUGGGAAGAAAGAGGACAUCGUAAUUCCGGUUAACACACAGAAGCAGGGAGAGGAAGAUGAGGAAUACACCAAUCAAAAGAUGACCGGACGUACUCAGAGGAAGGACUUCAAUGAGCUUGAUGAUGACUUUGGUGACUUGGGCAGUGAUGAUGAUGACUUUGCCAGUGACUCAGGUCCUGAGAAGGCAGGAAGCAGCAAGGCCCUUGUCCCUAAUGUGGCACAUGUUAGUUUCAAAGACUGCUAAACCAGGAUGACCCUAAAUGUACCUCCUAUCCAUUUGAUUAAUAUACUUAUCCUCUCAUUAUACAUACUUUUGCUAAGAAGACUCAUAACUGUAGAUUUAUUAACUCUAAAAUACAAUAGCCUACUUGUGUUGGGACGUUAAAUGGACAACCCCCACUUUCAAUUAACUGUUUUGUAGUAAAUCCCAUGAGACAGCAAUUUUUGUCAUACGUUGAUGGGUUUAAGGAAGCAUUCUUUUGUUUGUGAAUGAAUAUUCACAAGCACUACUGGAUUGAAGUCAUUAUAGUGCCCCAUCAGCUGUUUUUGAACUUUUCCAGAUACAUGUAUGUACACAUAUGUCAAAAGAUACAUUUUGAGAACAUAUUGAAUCUUUUUAUUUAUUCUGACAAUGUAUUUUGAGUAAUAUGCAUUAUUUCAGCUGAAUGCUUUCCUCUGUAGGCCAUAGUGGAACAUCUUCUCUCAGAUUUCUCCCUUUUUAGAGCUACAAGUGAACCAUAAUCUUUAUGGUGAGUCGCACUAACUUGUUACCAUACUAUUAACAUAAUUAAUUGAUGAUCUCAGUGGGUUUUAUUUAGUGCCUUUGGUAAUGACCACAUGCCAGUUGUGUUCUGCUUAUUCAAACACAUGACCUUAGUGCUCCUCCUGAUUAAUAGUGCUUUAUAUAUGUCCCAAUAGGCCAAGUAAAGGAGCUAACAUCUUCAAAUGAAAUAAACCAGAAGACAAUUGUAUUAAGCAACUUCUAUGUCAUAAUCCAGACAAUUUCAAACAGGGGCUGCUUCAGCACUAAACCACAGAUGUUGCAGUUGCUAGAAAGACACAGAUCAUCUCACGCAGAAAGGAAAUAUGAUUGAUACACCUGUCUUAAUCUCCGGUUGGCAUUCCAUGCGAGUUUGGCCCAAAGUUUAUUAUGUUUAGGAUCUUCCUGAAAUUAAAAUAGAAAAGGGUAUAUUUUUUAUUUAAUUUAACUAGGCAAGUCAGUUAAGAGCAAAUUCUUAUUUACAAUGACGGCCUACCCCGGUCAAACCCUAACCCGGACAACGCAGGGCCAAUUGUGCAUCGCCUUAUGGGACUCCCAAUCACGUCCGGGUUUGAUACAGCUUGGAAUCGAACCAGGGUCUGUAGUGAUGCCUCUGCACUGAGAUUCAGAGCCUUAGACCGUUGCUCCACUCGGGAGCCCUAUAUGUUUGGCAUACUUUUGAAAUCUGCAUUUAAAUAAUUAAAACAUUUUUCGAAAGUAGCAAAGCGCGCACCCUGGAAAUUUGAGGCAGCAUUUACAGACUAAUCAUUAUAGUAUCUUUAAGCAAUCUAUGCAUGAGGACAGACUAUGCUUUCAAGGUAAGGAAACACAUUUUGUUUUGUUAUUUGGGUAAACUACUCCUUUAAGUCAUUAGUAUCCUAACUAUCUCUUGAUAGUUUCAACCAUAUUUUGAAGCAAUACAUUAGGACUAUUUUUAUUUUAUUUUUUACAAACACUGGAGGUAAACAACGAUAUAUUUUAGGUUAUGAUGUGGUUAGUCAUAUGAACUAAGCUCAUGAACUUGUGAUAUCCUUCUGAAACUAAGUGGCUACCAUUGUGGUGUUUUUCAAAUUAAGGAGUAGGCCUUUAAUUUAAAAAAAUAUAUACAAUUUUCAACGGGGUAUUCAGUAUCUUUUUGACCCAAACCAUUUGGUGCCCUUACUUAUAAGCCAUUGGAAAAGCUCCUUGGUGUUUGUGGUAUAUUAACUCCAAGUAUUGCACACAGCUGGAAUCCAUCAUGCAAGUUAUUUGUUAAGCAAACUAUACUGAACAAAAAUAUAAACGCAACAUGGUCCCAUGUUUCAUGAGCUGAAAUAAAAGAUCCCAGAAAUGUUUAAUACACACAAGCUUAUUUCUCAUUUUUUGUACAAAUCUAUUUAUAUCCCUGUUAGUGAUCAUUUUCUCCUUUGCUGAGAUAAUCUAUCCACCUGACAGAUGUGGCAUAUCAAGAAGCUGAUUUAAACAGCAUGAUCAUUACACAGGUGCACCUUGUGCUUAGGACAAUAAAAGGUCACUCUAAAAUAUGCAGUUUUGUCAUGCUACACAAUGCCACAGAUGUCUCAUGUUUUGAGGGAGCAGGCAAUUGGCAUGCUGACUAGAGGAAUGUCCACCAGAGCUGUUGCCAGAGAAUGUAAUGUUAAUUUCUCUACCAUAAGCCGCCUCCAAUGUCGUUUUAGAGAAUUUGGCAGUACUUCCAACCGGCCUCACAACUGUAGACCACGUGUAACCACACCAGCCCAGGACCUCCACACCCGGCUUCAUCCCCUUCGGGAUCGUCUGAGACCAGUCAACUAGACAGUUAAUGAAACUUUGUUUGCACAACCAAAGAAUGUCUGCACAAACUAUCAGAAACCAUCUCAGGGAAGCUCAUCUGGUCUCGACCUGACUGCAGUUCGGCAUCGUAACCAACUUCAGGGGCAAAUGCUCAACUUCGAAGGCCACUGGCACGCUGGAGAAGUGUGUUCUUCACAGGUGAAUCCUGGAUUCAACUGUACCGGGCAGAUGGCAGACUGCAUGUAUGGUGUCAUGUGGGCGAGCAAUUUGCUAAUGUCAAUGUUGUGAACAGAGUGCCCCAUGACGCGGUUAUGGUAUAGGCAGUCAUACGAACGCAAUUGCAUUUUAUCAAUGGCAAUUUGAACGCACAGAGCUUCUGUGACGAGAUCCUGAGGCCCAUUGUCGUGCCAUUCAUCCGCCUCCAUCACCUCAUAUUUCAGCAUGAUAAUGCACAGCUCCGUGUCGCGAUGAUCUGUACACAAUUCCUGGAAGCUGAAUGUCCCAGUCCUUCCAUGGCCUGCAUACUCACCAGACAUGUCACCCAUUGAACAUGUUUGGGAUGCUCUUGAUCAACAUGUACGACAGUGUGUUCCAGUUUCCCCCAAUAUCCAGCAACUUCACACAGCCAUGGAAGAGUGUGACAAUAUUCCAUAGGCCACAAUCAACAACUCUAUGCGAAGGAGAUGUUGCACAGCAUGAGGCAAAUGGUGGUCUUACCAGGUACUGACUGGUUUUCGGAUCCACACCCCUACCUUUUUUUUUUUAAGGUAUCUGUGACCGACCGAUGCAUAUCUGUAUUCCCAGUCAUGUUUUAUUUAAUUUAUUUAUUUCACCUUUAUUUAACCAGGUAGGCAAGUUGAGAACAAGUUCUCAUUUCCAACUGCGACCUGGCCAAGAUAAAGCAAAGCAGUUCGACACAUAUAUAACAACACAGAGUUACACAUGGAGUAAAACAAACAUAGCCAAUAAUACAGUAGAAAAAUAAGUCUAUAUACACUGUGAGCAAAUGAGGUGAGAUAAGCGAGGUAAAGGCAAAAAUAGGCCAUGGUGGUGAAGUAUAUACAAUAUAGCAAUUAAUACACUGGAAUGGUAGAUUUGAAGGUAGAACUACUGGGGUUCAAAGGAGCUAAAUAAAUAAAUACAGUAGGGGAAGCAUAGUUUGGGCUAUUUAUAGAUGGGCCAUGUACAGAGGCAGUGAUCUGUGAGCUGCUCUGACAGCUGGUGCUUAAAGCUAGUGAAGGAGAUAAGUGUUUCCAGUUUCAGAGAUUUUUGUAGUUCGUUCCAGUCAUUGGCAGCAGAGAACUGGAAGGAGAGACGGCCAAACGAGGAAUUGGCUUUGGGGGUGACAAGUGAGAUAUACCUGCUGGAACGCGUGCUAUGGGUGGGUGCUGCUAUGGUGACCAGCGAGCUGAGAUAAGGCGGGACUUUACCUAGCAGGGUCUUGUAGAUGACCUGGAGCCAGUGGGUUUGGCGACGAUUAUGAAGCGAGGGCCAGCCAACGAGAGAGUACAGGUCGCAGUGGUGGGUAAUAUAUGGGGCUUUGGUGACAAAACGGAUGGCACUGUGAUAGACUGCAUCCAAUUUGUUGAGUAGGGUGUUGGAGGCUAUUUUGUAAAUGACAUCGCCGAAGUCAAGGAUCGGUAAGAUGGUCAGUUUUACGAGGGUAUGUUUGGCAGCAUGGGUGAAGGAUGCUUUGUUGCAAAAUAGGAAGCCAAUUCUAGAUUUAACUUUGGAUUGGAGAUGUUUGAUGUGAGUCUGGAAGGAGAGUUUACAGUCUAACCAGACACCUAGGUAUUUGUAGUUGUCCACAUAUUCUAAGUCAGAACCGUCCAGAGUAGUGAUGCUGGACGGCCGGGCAGGUGCAGGCAGCGAUCGGUUGAAGAGCAUGCAUUUAGUUUUACUUGCAUUUAAGAGCAGUUGGAGGCCACGGAAGGAGAGUUGUAUGGCAUUGAAGCUCAUCUGGAGGGACGUUAACACAGUGUCCAAAGAAGAGCCAGAAGUAUACAGAAUGGUGUCGUCUGCGUAGAGGUGGAUCAGAGACUCACCAGCAGCAAGAGCAACAUCAUUGAUGUACACAGAGAAGAGAGUCAGCCCAAGAAUUAAACCCUGUGGCAUCCCCAUAGAGACUGCCAGAGGCCCGGACAACAGGCCCUCAGAUUUGACACACUGAACUCUGUCGGAGAAGUAGUUGGUGAACCAGGCGAGGCAAUCAUUUGAGAAACCAAGGCUAUCGAGUCUGCCGAUGAGGAUGUGGUGAUUGACAGAGUCGAAAGCCUUGGCCAGGUCAAUGAAGACGGCUGCACAGUAUUGUUUCUUAUCGAUGGCGGUUAAGAUAUCGUUUAUGUGAAAUCCAUAAAUGAGGGCCUAAGGAAUUUAUUUCAAUUGACUGAUUUCCUUUUAUAUAACUGAAAUUGAUGCAUUUGUUGUUGUUCAGUAUAAUUUAACUAAUUUAGGCUUUCCACAACAAAAGUGGUGAAUAUUAUUCUAGAAAUUUCAAUAACGUCCCCCAUUUAUAAUUGUUUAAAAAUCAACCUGAGUUCUAAGGAGGGAUGUGGGUAGGCCUAUACCCAGGGGAGGAUUGGCCAUCUAGCAAAUGCCAGAUAGGCUGGACCAUUUUUUAGUUGGCUGGGCUGGUUGAAAUUGACCCCCCCAAAAUAAUGGUUUAAAUAAUACAACGACAUGACAUGGCCGGUGGACUAUGGGCCUGUUAAGAUAUUUUGGGGUUGAGUUUUGUACAGUCUUUCUGUUCUACUAAUCUAUAAUGAGCCUUUGGCUGAUCAGUGGGCAACGGCUGAGUUGAUGUCACGCAAACCCGCAUUCAAAGUCAAAUGCGGCAUCAGCAAAGAGACAUUUACAUUUAAGUCAUUUAGCAGACGCUCUUAUCCAGAGCGACUUACAAAUUGGUGCAUUCACCUGCUCCGACUGUCAUCAGUUAGACAGCCAAGAUAAUGGAUCGUAAAAACGGAAAGGGUGCUUAUAAAAGUAGGAAGAGCUCAUUCUACAUUGUCACCUCACUCAAAACAUAUUUUUUGGGUGGCUAAAACCAUGAUUUGGUCAAACAGUUAAGUGCUUUAUCCUCAUAAUUCCUGCAAUGAAAGUGUCUGCCCUGUACCUGAGCCCUCGCUGGGGCCUGCUGCUGUGAUGAGCGAGCCACUCUUACUUAACCCCCCCAUGCACUCGUGAAAAAAUGCAUUCUGAUUGUCCUGCAUUUGCAUUUUAUACAAUCACUCCCUUGUCCCUGUCAAAGAGAGGGUCUCAGUUGUCUGUAGGUAUUUUUAUUAAUCAACUCUCAAUAUUCAGCUCAAUAGCAACUAUUUUACAACCAAGAUAUUUGAGAUAUGGAAUGGCGCACACUUGCAAUCCCCUCCGGCCAUUGAAAGGACAUAGGGCGAACCGGCCAUGAGAUCUAUAGGCCUAUCUACAUGGCCGGACAUAGCUACCUACAACUGAUACUUUUUGUAGGACAUUAAAUGUACUGUUGGAUGAAUACAUAGCUACUAAAAGUGGGUAUUUUAUUUAGUUAGCGAUCUAGUUCAUGUGCUUUGAGUUUCGACUUCUGGUAUUGAACCCCAAAUAAUUUUGCCUAUGAUAUUAGUAAGCAGUGUUGUGUUCGAGACCACCUAAAGCGAGACCGAUUUCAGGACCAAGACUGGAACAAAUUGAGUUCGAGUCAAGACCAAGCACCGGAGGCGAGACCGAGUCAAGACCGGAAGAGAGACAAGAAGGAGACCGAGACCAGAAAAAUGUGAAUCAAGUUCAAGACCAUGAUUAUAAUUUUGUCAAAUCACCACCAUAACAGUAAAAAAUGUCCAGUAUUUCUGUGUUCAUAUUUCAGAACAACAUAUGGAUUUUUUCGACGUUCUGAAUAGAGAAAAAAUGGAUGUUGAGAAAAAAUAGAACCACUCUACAAAUUAUUACUAACCAAAACACAGUGAGGAACGAUGGGGCUUCUAUGUCUUCAGAGAAGGGCUAAGGAUGUAUAAAAUAAUUCUUAUAAUAUUAUUUUCAAUGAUGUUCUGAUUUUAAUCUCGUCAAUUUGUGUUGGAAAGGGCUAAUAAUGAACAGGGAAAAAAUCUUAGCUAGAUUUAGCUCCCCAGAGGCCAGCAAAGUCAGCCAUUGGCUAGGCCAUCAGAAGCUACAGUAGAUAAAGGCGUCUGUCAUUCGACUGUAUUAGGGCAACAUUUUGGAGUGACAGUGGAAUCAACCAAUCACAUUUUGUUUUAAUGGGUGGGACCGUUUUUUUAUAAAAACGUAUGAAACUUCUGCCUUGUUGAAGGCCAAUAGGUCACUGCGCAGUAGCGAGCAGUAGUUUUCCCACGGUCUCGCGAGCUUGCUUCUGUUGGGUAAUUUGCAGCAGCUGCACCAGGUGUUAUCAAAGAGGAUGUUGUGCUAAUUUUUUAGCUUCUCCCUUUUCAAGAAUAACUUUCAACAAGAAGUUAAGUUUCAAAUUAUCAUCAUCUGAAGCACAAACAGGCAGAUCAGGUGCAAACAGACCCCAACCCUUUCAUCACCACUGGACCCCAGAGCAGCUCCCUCCCUACCGGAGGCU